UCAUGUGCUAUAUUUAAAUGACCUGACGGUCUUUUGUUUUAGUCGCUACGGUUGCUUGAUCGCUCGAUUCAUGAAUCGAAUAACAUUUUGUUUAGAUAAUAGAAUAGUGUUUUGUUAGUUUUUGUUUUUAAUUAAUUAAGGGCUGUAUUUUUCCUUUCCUUGUUCAGUGCCAGAGGUGAAAAAGUUCCAUUAUGAAUAAUGUGAAAAGGAUUUGGACAAAUCGUAAAAGUAUAUUUGGCACCGAGAUGCCCGUGAGGGAUGGCUCCAAGAAGUCCCUCAUCGGAGUCAUCGAUGACGGGACCAAGACUGUCAGAUUUGUGAUAUACGAAGCGGAGAGAUCCGAAGAGCUGGUCUCCGCACAGCUGGACAAGACUGAGUCGACGCCGCAGGAGGGCUGGGCGGAGCAGCCUCCGCUGCAGAUCAUGCAGCACGUGGCCGCCACCGCGCUCCAAGCCGUGCAGCAGCUGCAGGAUAAGGGAUACACAAAAGAAGACAUAGUAGCUCUAGGCAUCACCAACCAAAGGGAGACCACGAUAGCAUGGGACAAAGUCACGGGGGAACCACUGCAUCCUGCUAUAGCGUGGAACGACAUCCGCACAGACAGCACAGUCGACGCCAUAUUGGCUAAGGUCCCCGACCGGAACAAGAACUACCUGAAGUCGGUCGCCGGCCUGCCCAUCAGCCCCUACUUCAGCGCGCUCAAGAUGCGGUGGUUGAAGGAUAAUGUAAAAGCAGUCCGGAAAGCGAGUAGGGAUCGGCGGUUACUAUUCGGCACUGUUGACUCUUGGAUAGUUUGGAAUUUAACCGGCGGCCCCAACGGCGGUCUCCACGUGACAGACGCAACGAAUGCUUCUAGAACACUCCUAAUGAACUUGGAGACACUGAACUGGGACCCUAUGCUGUGUAGGUUAUUCGGCAUCCACCGAGAUUCCUUACCCCAAAUCCGGAGCAGUUCAGAAGUAUAUGGGGUAGUCAAAGAUGGAUCUGUGUUGGACGGCAUACAGAUUUGUGGGAUACUAGGCAACCAGCAAGCGGCACUAGUUGGUCAGAACUGCCUGAAAGCCGGUCAAGCUAAGAACACAUACAGAAGCGGGUGUUUCCUACUGUACAACACCGGCGCUAAGCGAGUACAGUCGACGCACGGGCUGAUCACCACUGUUGCUUACAAGAUGGGGCCUGAUACACCCGCUGUUUACGCUUUGGAAGGUUCUAUAGCGGUAGCGGGUGGUGCAAUGAAAUUCCUUAGAGACAACCUGAAACUAAUAAAGGACAUAACUCAAGAUACGGAGCAUUUGGGAGGGCAGGUAUUCUCCACUGGUGAUGUGUAUUUUGUGCCAGCGUUCAGUGGUUUAUACGCACCGUAUUGGAGGAAAGACGCUAGGGGUAUAAUCUGUGGCCUCACGGCGUUCACGAAGAAACAUCACAUAGUCAGAGCAGCGCUAGAAGCGGUCUGCUUCCAAACCAGAGACAUCCUAGAAGCGAUGAACAAGGACUGCGGGGUGCCCCUAGCCAAACUACACGUGGACGGCAACAUGACCAGCAACGAGCUACUGAUGCAACUGCAGGCUGAUUUGAUCGGGAUACCUGUGUUGCGAGCGAACGCAUGGGACAUGACGGCUCUAGGCGCGGCCAUGGCGGCGGGCAAUGCGGCGGGAGUGUGGAGCUGCGCCGACUGGCAACACCGCGCCACGCACAGCCACACCUUCCUACCGACUACUACUGAUGACGAUCGCGACGCUCGCUACACGAAAUGGAAGAUGGCGGUACAGCGGUCUCUGGGGUGGGCCACCACCAAGAAAUCCAUCACCAUGACAGAGGAAAGAUACAAACUGCUUGCUUCAAUCCCCGCCACAUUGUACGUUAUUGGAAGCUUUACUAUGCUGGUCGCGUCAAACAUACUCAAGAGUAGUUGAUAAGUGGAAAAUAGAAAUAUAAAUAAACAUUAUAGACAAAUAAUAAUUGAGGAGAAUUAGUGGUGAUUUAAACUACUUUUUAAUGGAGUGUUGUCAAAACUAACCGUAUUUGAAAUGUCAUUUUCCAGUAAUUAAGGGCUGAUUUUUCAAUAGCCAGAUAAAAGUUACCUGUGGAAUAAUUCUGAUGCUGUCGCGUCUGAAUGUUUGUAUUAGACAGUGACAGUGGCAAUUUUAUUCGCCAGAUAACACUUAUCUGACUGUUGAAAAAUCUGCCCUAAAUGUGCGUUUUGAUAGCUCUGCAUUUAAAUUUAGUUGCUUCUUUGAUUUGGAGAUAGGAUUGCCAAUUGUUUUUUUACGAUUAAGAGUUCUGUCUUAGAUGAGGUAAUAAUAUUAUAAAUAUAUGCCUUAUAUCCCUAUUACCCAAGUUAAAAGACAGCUAUUAAAUUUGUUUGGAAACAACCUUGCAUUUAGGUUAGUAUGGCAUUUAAUUAUCAACUCAAAGUCUCAUACAUGGUACAAAUAUCUGCAUGCAAUGAUUUUUCCAACCAGUUUUCCAAUUUUGACUAUCCAUCAGUUUAACAAUAUCCCAAGUAACGAUUAAUAUUGUACAUAAUCAAAUCUAGAAUAGACACAUAAGAACUAAAUAGGUAGGUGCAUCAGAAGUUUCGAAAAAAAAUGCUCGAACUAGGUAAAUCAAAUCAUAGAAGUACCGAUUAAAGGUAACCGUCCACCUAUUGGUUUUGUACGUAUCGGACUAAACGGAUUUUCAUAAAGGCAUCGACAAUGCCGAUGAAGUGGACGCACUUGUAUUAAUUUCUAUAACAAAUACUUAAUGCUAUGCGUCCGUUGCGUACGAUACCAAAAGGUAGACGCUUAGCUUAUUUAUAUUGUUGUUACUUAGUUGUAGACUGUUGUAAGCAUUGCUAGUCGAUCAUUUUAGUAUGUAGGUCAACUAUUUACCACGCCGGUAUAAGCUAUAAGAUGGCAACAUUGUUAUAUAUUCCUCUUAACAUUGAUAUAAUGCAUUUGUCGUUUGAACAUUUACUGUAAAUAUUUUAAUAAGUAGGUAUUCCAGGGUGUUGCAAAAUUGGUAAAAGUAUGCAAAAAGGGAGUAACUCCGAGGGUCAUUCUAAAAAUCAUGCUGUAUAUAUCAGUUUCUUUUUGAAAUUUGUUAAAAAAAAUCACAUCAUAGUAUGACGAACAAAUUUUCUAAGGGGAUACAAUUCUUUUUUUCGCGAAAUUACAAAUGUUGUAGAGCAAAAGUUACUCAGAAUGAUAUCCAGAGUCAGCCACCUUUCGGCUAGUAAACUCUUUUUGCAACAACCUGUAUUUCUGCCCAAUUUCCGAGGGCAUAAAUAUGUAUAUAGCUAAUGGGCAAAAUAAAUAUAGACAGACUAAAUUUUUUUUAUUAACUUAAUUUAUCUUGAGCAAAAUAGGCAUCUAAUUGGGGUUCAAAUUUAUAGCAUAUGAGUUGCAUAUGAGACAUAAUAACAUAAUUACAAUCAUUUAUAUUAUUAUGUGCUCUUAAAUUUAUAAGCAAAAAUGACUUUGUUACUGGGUAUUAAUUUGUAAUUACAUUAUGCAUAGGAAGUUAAUUUAUUAAAAUAGUAAUUACCUACUGCACUAUAACUCAAUCAUUCCUGUUAUUAUUUAGUAGAAUUUGUUUUUGAUAUUUAAUAUUGCAUUUUGGUGUGUUGUGUGUAUGGUGCCUUCUUUGACAUGACAUUUUUUUAUCAUAGCUUGUUAAGUUUUAACUUAUUUUGUAAAACAUCCUGACAUUUGUUAUUUUUUUAAUUUAUUCCUCAAAGUGAUUAUACUUAUACAUUAAUAAAAGUAACUACUGUAGCAUGAACAUUUAUGAGUAUAUGAUUAAAUUUUUAUUACUAUUAAAGGUUGUGUUACGGUUUUUUGUAGGUAUAAUAUAAUAUACAGUAUAAUAUAGUAUACAGGCUGGGUAAACGCAUCAAAAUACAAUAUUGCUAUGAAAAGUUCAUUUCAACAUUCCUUGGAGAAUGGUGAUCAGAACCAUUUGAUUUACAUCCUGUAUAUUAUAUUAUACCUACUACAUGCUUACCUAUUAAAGGUAGUUAUAAAAUCUUCGUACUUACGUUUUUGUGGCAUAAUUAUUUACAUAAUAUUAUCGAGGUCAGUUCAAAAACUUUUGAGCAUCUAAUUGUUGAAAUCGAUUUAUUUAUAAGAUAAUUUUCGAUGCAUUCAAAAAAUAUACAAAUCCAUUUUUUUUA